AACGAACUAUUUUGAAACAAGUCAGUCGUAUAACCAACUCAGUGAUAUUAAGUACAUUUAUUUUUUGAAACGGAAUAUGGAAACAGAAAAUCUCGUCUAUAAUACCGACGAACUGGAAGCACCGCAAUGGUUGAAUGCAGAUUUUUUAACAAAAGUGCUUAAGGAAUGUGAAGGGGACAGUGCAAUUACCAUUAAAAACUACAAACUCACACCAGCAACAGUGCGAGGUGAUCAUUAUGCCAGUGUCAUGUUCAGGGCAGAAGUUGACUAUGUACAGACCGGACGGUCAAAAACCAAGUCGAUGAUUAUUAAAACAAUGCCAGAAGAGGAUGGCAGUAAAAAGGAGUUAUUGCAAGAAACUCAUAUAUUUGAAACAGAGAUCGGAAUAUAUAGUGAAGUGAUACCAAGGAUGGAAAAAAUCUUACGUGCAGUUGGUGAUAAUACAGUGUUGGGAGCAAAAUACCUGUAUUAUAGUUUGAGUCCAAGAAAGGUUAUUGUUUUUGAGGAUCUCGUGACUGUUGGCUACAAAGUUCUGCGUCAACGUUUGCCCACUAUGGAGGAAGCUAAAAUGACGUAUCUGAAAUUAGCCAAAUGGCACGCCGUGAGCUAUAAGUUGUUGCAGGAGAAUCCUACAUAUUUUGAUAAAUAUCGUUAUAGUAUCAUGACCCUUACGAAUUUUGUUGAAUCCGACUUCUUCAUUAAAGGCAUUGACUUGUUUAUAGAGCUUUUGAGUGAAGUACCAACUUUAAGGAAAUAUAAGUCUUAUUUUGAAUCCAUACAGCAGGAUUUAAUACAAGAUUGUAAAGAUAUUUUCACACAAUAUACAGAUAAAAAACAAAGCAAUACUGACUACGUGCUUUGUCAUGGAGAUUUUCAUUGCAAAAAUAUGAUGUUUAAACACAACCCCGAGAGUGGAGAAUUGGAAGACUUAAUGCUGCUCGACUAUCAAGUGUCCUAUGUUGGAUCACUCGUUAAUGAUAUUAUUUACUCAUACUUUUUAAUAUUGAAUCCAGAGAUGCGUUUGAAUCACUUUGACGAAAUGCUCUAUUAUUACUUUAAAAAUUUUACUGAAACUUUGACAAAUAUUGGUUACAACGGAGCGGUGCCAAAGUUAGAAGAGAUUAGAUCGCAAAUAAUGAAACAUAAGAAAUUUGAACUGUUUCUUCUAACGACAAUGUUGCCUAUGUGGUAUGUCUUUUUUGUUGGCGAAAUUGAUCCUGAUGAAAUGAUAGAAUCGGAAGAUGCUCGAAAAAAUGUGUAUCGAAAUAAAGACUACAUCAAAGAAUUACAUAAUUUGCUACCCAGAUACAUGCAUUUAGGUUAUUUUGAAAAUUAGAAAAAUUGUGGCAGUUUGUCAUAAUAACAAAAAAAAAUGAAAUAAUUUUACUA